UACUACUACCGUGAGCCCGAUUACUACUACUACCGUGAGCCCGACUAGUACUACCACCACCACCACGAGCCCGACUAUCACUACGAGCCCGAAGACCACCUUGAGCGGUGCAAGUUUCUCGGAUUUUGCCUCCAGGGUCGACGCGGACAGGGUGAUACCAAAGUUCGCGACCAGUUCGGUACAUGACACAGUAGACACUGUCACGUCCGAGCCUGUGGAUGAGGGAGCGCCGCAGAGCUCUAGCAUGGGCGAGAAUACCACCCCGAGCGGCGUGGCAGAGGGUAUUACAGGUCAGUUCAAGGGCGGGAGGCGCAAGCCGAAGACCACCAGGAUGCGUAGACGGAAGCCCAAACUGAAGGCGCGGAUGAGCAGACCCGUGUUGGACGGGUUGCAGACGGAAAGAUCUAAAUGCGAGGAGAAAUUGAACUCAGCGGAAACCGCGGCCAGCAGCUUGCCUAUGGACGUGGAGACUGGGCCGUACCCAUGUGAUGGCGGCAGUGGGCAACUGCUGUGUGCAACACGUGAGGGUCAGACGUGCCACCGUUUUGGCGGUCCAUGGAAAUAUGGAGCCUUUGCGGUGAGGGAGGCGAUUGAACAUCAUUUAGGCAAUGGCACACAUUGUAUGACGUACUGCGACGGUAAAGCUGAGGCGAUACGCCAUGUCUGGGAGGAGACCGGAAGAAACCUACUGUCGAUUCCUCCGUGCCCCAAACCGGGAUUCCUAGACUUCACGGCGGACCCUUCAGAACCCGACCUGAAUGACUUCGAGGUUAUGAUGCGCCCGCGCUAUCCUAUCGUGGAGGAGUGCUCGGGUGUUUGUCGCCAUUGUCUUGAAGAUACCCACGCGAGGAAGUGUUCUUGCAGUUUUGUACAUGCCAAGUGUCGCAUCCAAGCUAAGGGUGAGAAGGUUCCGCAGGUCAUUGAGUUAAUGGAUUACAACACUCAGCCAGGAGAGCUGUUUGGACACUUGUCUCCGUUCAACAAAAAGCUUGGCCUCUAUGAUGUUUUAGAUUGCGACUACGAAUGCUAUCAGCCGGGCCCGAAUCUUGAUGCAAAAUUCGCCACAGGCGUGGACGUACGCAUCGUGGAGACGGAGCCAACAGGGGAUGGUAGCCCGCUGAAUUCGAGGCUGAGUAGACGCGAGUUGAGUAGCCUUCAACGACCUCUGGCAAUGUGUAAGCAAUAUCCUAAAGGAGACUGGCGCCAAGUAGAAGAGACUGGUCGAUAUCCAUGUAAUGGCCAGGGUGGCAUAAUGAUGUGUGGAACGAAUAUACGACAGUGCUCCAUCUGGAAGCCAUGGUCGAGCUGCGACAAAAGCAAACCAGUUUCAUGUC